AGUUUCAUAAAAGCCUCUCAAGAUGUCAACUGUAAAUCUCAUCGUGUUGAUCUUAUUAAAUUUAUUAUUGCAAUCACAUGCCGAAGAUUACCGUGACAUCCAACUGACGUGUAAGAAGAAUUUUUACAUCACAGAUUGUGAAAUUUUAGACGACAUUUCUGAAUUGGAGACAACAAAAGUUGUAAAUGUGGCAGCACCAGAUGAGAAAGUAAAAUUAGAAAAAUAUUUUCGUGUCAGCAACAAAAGUUUUCCGAUUAAUAUGCCCAUUGGAAUUGGAGAAUUAUUUCCAAAUUUAGAAUUAUUAAGCAUUGUCUUAUCGCCUUUAAAAUUCAUAAAAAGAAGAAAUUUUGCAAGCAUGGAAAAACUAACGACGCUGGAUUUAAGAUAUAACAAAAUUGAAAAAGUUCCAUCGAAAACUUUUUAUGACCUGCCAAAAUUAACAACUUUGAAUCUAUCUGGAAAUUCAAUAAAAUUCCUGCAUCUUGAUUUGUUCUUGAACAAUCCAGAACUUGAAGAAUUUGCAGCAGCAAAAAAUGAAAUUAAAAAGUUGUCAUUCCAAACUUUCCAAAAGAGUUUAAAACUUAAAAGAUUUAAUGUAAGCUUCAACAAUUUCCAAAGCAUUUCUUUUGAUUUCACAAAACUUCCAAACUUAACGGAUGUUGUAUUUAAAAAUAGUUUUGAAUGCAAUUUUGAGUUUAAAAUUGACAGAAAUGAUCAUGCAGAUUGCACACAUGAAAGAUGCACGCAUAACUUGAAACGUUUUCAAUUUUGGAUUGAGAAAUAUUGUGCAGUUGUGAGCGAGCUGACUGGAGAUGAAGAUGACUCUCCUGGUCCUGACAGUGAGAAGGACUAGAUCUGAACUAUGCAUCUAUACAACUGACAAGGUGGAAAUACAAGACAAUUUUAAUCCAAUAGUAGCUAAGCAAAAAAAAAAGGAAUUGAAAAUACAAAUUGAUAUGGCUAGACAUCUUUGCAAAGAUACUUCCUAAAUAAUGUAAAAAGCUGUUAAAAUAAAUAUUUUAAUUAAGUUUAAAUCAGAUCGUUUAAGAGUAAUUGGAUAAAAAAUAAAAAUAAGGAUGCAAAUCACUUCCUUGUAUGAUAUUUGUGUCGGAAACUAAAAACUCAAAUCUAGAAGAAUUUAAGUAAUAUUCCGAAACCAAAAACUAAGAUCCAGAAGAAUUUUAACCAUGUAUGCUACCAAAAACCAAGAUCCAGUCGAAUUUAAGUCGUUUUCCGAAACCAAAAACUAAGGUUCAGAAGAAUUUAAGUCGUUUUUUGAAACCAAAAACUAAGAUCCAG